AUCAUCAUCAUAAUAAUAACUAAUAAUAUCUUAUCUUAUAUCACGACCUUUUCUUUGUUCUUAAAACUAAUAAAUAUUCAUUCAUUUUUUCCAACACAACACAAACAUAGAACAAACAACAACAUAAACACAACAACAACCACCUUGCCGUUGAUGGAAAAUUGUCUUCACCACCUUACAAUCAAAGGAUUCUUCUUCACUAAACCUAUUUCUUUUUCAUCACCUUCUUCUUCUUUGAACUUUAGGUGCUUCAACAACAACAGCAACAGAUUGAAGGUGAUUAAGGCGAGUGCUGGAGCUAGCCACUGUCAAUUCAGUAGUUUGAACUCUCCUUUGUUACCACAAUCCACGGUUGGGAAUUUUCUUAGUGGUGUUUUGCAGAAUCAUCGUAAUCUCUUUCAUGUUGCUGUUCAAGAGGAACUUAAACUAUUGGCUGAUGAUCGAGAUGCUGCAGUUUCUCGCAUGAUUCUUAGUUCUGAUUCUGAUCAAGCCUUGCUUCACAGGAGGAUUGCACAGAUAAAAGAGAAUCAAUGUGAAGUUGCAGUAGAAGAUGUUAUGUCCUUGUUGAUAUUUUACAAGUUUUCCGAAAUUCGGGUUCCUUUGGUUCCAAAGCUUUCAAGUUGUCUUUACAAUGGAAGGCUAGAGAUAUUGCCUUCAAAAGAUUGGGAGCUUGAGUCUAUUCACACAUUAGAAGUUUUGGAUAUGAUAAGGGAACAUAUAACCACCGUAACCGGCUUAAAAGCAAAGCCUAGUGUAACAGAAAGUUGGGCAACUACCAAAGUUCGACAAUUUUUACUUGCGCGUGUAUACGUCGCUUCAAUAUUAUACGGCUACUUUUUGAAAUCGGUUUCCUUAAGGUAUCAUCUAGAAAGAAAUCUAAAUUUGGCUAACAAUGAUGUUCAUCUUGGUCAUAUGACUACUAACCUCUCAUUUAAAGAUAUGUAUCCUUGCGGAUUCGAGGAAGAUAUCUUUGGUCCUUUGAGUAACAUGCAAUCGAUCGGGCACGGGCACGGACAAGGGCUGAUUCGAUAUGAAGAGGAAAUCGAAGAUUUGAAGUGUUAUGUUAUGAAGUUUCACCCUGGAUCAUUGCAGAGGUGUGCUAAGUUAAGAUCUAAGGAGGCUGUGAAUUUGGUUAGGAGUUAUAGUUGUGCACUUUUUAACAAUGAAGGGUUUAAUUCUGUUGAGAAUGAUGAUGUUAUUUUGACUUCAUUUUCAAGUCUUAAAAGACUAGUCUUGGAAGCUGUUGCUUUUGGAUCAUUCUUGUGGGAAACAGAAGAUUACAUUGACAAUGUAUAUAAACUUAAGGAUCAUUAAGACAGAAGUAAACAAUCAUUUUGAGCUUUGAAUGUGUCGAGUACUUUUGUUACGUGUCUUCCAUUAGUCAGAUUGAUCCAUCGAAUUACUAACGGAUAAUAGAAUCAAUGUUGCAUUUCGUAUUUUGAUACAUUCAGAGACUAUAGUGACUCCGUCGACCAAAAUGAAGGCACGGGAUAAGUUCCAAUGUUCAUUGAGCGAAUUCCUGUUGUAUAUAGUGAGUUUUGUUUUUAGGUUUUGAGUGAUAAUUCCUGUUGUAUAAUACACAUUUUUAUUUACCUUGUACAUUGUGAAUAUGUAUGUAUAUAUGUUUUGAAUA